UUGGAGCGGACCUGUGCUCAUUCCAUGAACUGCUUGGAUUCUGUUGUCGCUAGCACAGUGGGUGAUGAUUUACCUCAGGGUUCUUCAUUUCUUUAUUUCUCCUUCAGUCAUGUUGACUUUUAGUUGCAUUUGUCGUUGAGAUUUGUUGAUGGAAUAUAAACCAAAAAUACAUAAGAAGAUAAGGGGGAAAGGAGAAGAAUAAAGCAGGGACGAGAUUAUUUACAAAUACAAUAUCUAUGCAGAAUAUAUUCGGGAACUGGCAUGUAUGCCUAGUAAGGAUGUAGGUAAAGCGCAGAAGCACAAAAAGCUUUCUAGAUCAGUUUUAGAUUGGAAUAUUUGUGGUGAACUUUGUGAUUCCAGUGCUGAUUUCUUGGUUGGUCACAGGCGGACGUUGCUGUCACAGACACGAUGGCUUUUCCUAGGAGGAAAAAAUAUAUAUAUCAUGAUUUAAGCAUAAGGGAUAAAAGUCCCGCUUCGCUGUUAACUCCUAAAAGCAAAAAUAUCCAUAGAUUCUUUUUCCCACUCAGUAUUUUCCAGUGAGUGAUAUGAAUGAGAAAUUCAACAUAGGAUUAGGAUUAGGAUUAGACAGCAGACAGUGGACGUGACUCAGCUAGGGAGUGAACUGUGAGGUGGUCAACAAGGUGGUGGUGAUGGUGUUAUUACUAUGAACGUAGAAGCUGUGGAAGCUGAUGUGUUUGAGCCGUGCAUACAGAUGAGGAGGGAGGUGUUCAAGGCCAAACACAGACAGACUGGCAAGAAAGUAGCGCUGAAGAAGGUGCUCAUGGAAAAUGAGAAAGAAGGGUUUCCCAUCACAGCACUGAGGGAGAUCAAGAUCCUGCAGCUGCUAAAGCACGAGAACGUCGUAAAUCUGAUCGAGAUCUGUCGAACAAAGGCCACCCAGUUUAACCGUUACAAGGGCAGCAUAUACCUGGUGUUUGAUUUCUGUGAGCACGAUCUGGCUGGCCUACUAAGCAACGCCAAUGUUAAGUUCACGCUGUCGGAGAUUAAAAAGGUCAUGCAGAUGCUGCUGAAUGGACUCUACUGGAUCCACAGAAACAAGAUCCUGCACAGAGACAUGAAAGCAGCAAACGUGCUCAUCACAAGGGAUGGAGUGCUGAAACUGGCUGAUUUUGGCCUGGCAAGAGCCUUCAGCCUGGCAAAGAACAGCCAGGGCAGUUGCUACACCAACCGAGUGGUGACCCUGUGGUACCGACCUCCAGAGCUCCUGCUGGGAGAGCGUGACUACGGGCCACCCAUCGAUCUGUGGGGUGCAGGGUGUAUCAUGGCGGAAAUGUGGACGAGGAGCCCCAUCAUGCAGGGAAACACAGAACAGCACCAGCUCACUCUGAUCAGCCAGCUGUGUGGAUCCAUUACUGCGGAAGUGUGGCCUGGUGUGGAUAAAAAAUAUGAGUUGUACCAGAAGAUGGAGUUACCCAAAGGACAGAAGCGAAAGGUAAAAGAGCGUCUGAAGGCGUAUGUUAAAGAUCCAUACGCUCUGGAUCUGAUCGAUAAGCUGCUGGUGCUGGACCCGGCGCAGCGUGUGGACAGUGACGACGCUCUCAACCACGACUUCUUCUGGUCUGAUCCCAUGCCCUCUGACCUCAAACACAUGCUCUCCACACACAACACGUCCAUGUUUGAAUACCUGGCCCCCCCGCGGCGCCGUGGUCACAUGCCCCAACAGCCAGCCAAUCAGAACCGCAACCCAGCUACAGCCAGCCAGUCUGAGUUCGAUCGUGUUUUCUGAUUUCGCCGAUGUCACAGACUUUAUUUCUCAUUCAUAAUUUAGUAAGGGGAACAAGAUUUAUGGCUCGAACUGAGAUGAGCAAAGUGCAUUUAAUUCAACUAUCAGAUAAUUAUCAGUGAAGUAAGUUAAUAAACAAUCCGUUUCACUUCUAAUCUAGAGUCUGUCUGUCUCUAGAUGGAAUUCUUUGAAUUUCAUCUUUGAUCAUACGGACGCACUCUGUGGCCUUGGGGUUAGAAAUCGACUGGUAGAUCUCCGGACACCCCAAGUUUAGCCACAUGUUCAUUUUGCAUCGUUUUGGACUUGUGGAUUGAAACACUGCUCAGAGGUCAAGGUUCACCGUGUGUGUUGGCUGAAGUGGGAGCAGUUCACUGGGAAGUGAUUUGCAUGUUAAGUCAGAAAAGAUAAAAAAUAAGAAAAGAUUACACGGUCUACGUUUGAGACUGUAUGUCUUGCACGCUUCUGUUUAAGUUCCAGUUUUCCUGUAUUCUGACUUGUGCAGAACUUUGUAUUAUUUUAGCUGAAUGUUAUGUUUAGGAUUUCUGUAGUUAUUUAUCGUAUGGUUUGCACCUCUGAUAUGUUCAUGUUUAUUACUUUUGUAAAAAUCCACAGUGUUUUUGGUUUUUGAGGUACUUGACUGGAAACUCCAAUAAACCUCUAACCUUUUA